AUGGGGAAAUUGAUUGUGUACCUGCAGACUUUCGUCCUGCUAAUCUACGUUUGUCUGCAAACAUUAAUUGGUAAAUUUAUGAUCCUUCUUUUUCCUGAAACUGUGAAGAAGUUGGUGCUGAAAGCUGGGUUGAAAACCACCAUGACUCAAAAUCCAAAGUUCAAGUAUGAAGACUGGGGACCGACAUUAUUCAGUUUGCGCUUUGUGAAAGCGGUGGUUGAACAUCUAUUGAUGAAUAUCGGAGAUGAAGCUUUCAAGGGCACCUCAGCUCCCAAUACACGAGUCAUUGACUUCGACAACAAAGAACAUAAAGUGCUUGAUUUCCUGAAGGAUAACCGACCACUAGUAUUGAGUUUCGGAAGCUGCUCCUGACCUCCAUUUCUUUUCAAGUUUGAGGAGUUCAAAAAACUUGUCAAAGAUUUCAGCUCUGUGGCUGAUUUCCUCAUUGUCUACAUUCAAGAGGCACAUGCCACAGAUGGCUGGACUUUCAAAAACAAUGUGGAGAUUAAAAAACAUCAAACAUUAAGUGAUCGUAUUAAUGCUGCAAGGAUGUUACUAAAAGAAGAGCCUCCCUGUCCAGUGGUAGUUGAUUCUAUGGAUGAUAUGACUGGUAUUAAAUAUGGAGCCAUGCCAGAAAGACUAUAUGUGGUGCUUGAUGGCAAAAUCAUUUACAAGGGCAACAUGGGACCUUGGGGAUACCAACCAGAAGAAGUACGAUUAAUUUUGCAAAACCAAAGUUAAACUAUAUUGGCAGAGCUUUCAGUACUGGUGUAAUCUACUGAAGAAGCUUUCAAAUAUGACCAAACAUAAUAAUUAAUCAAAUCAGUAGUUUUCUUUUCCAUAAUUUUCUCAGUUUUUAAAUUGCUAUGAUUGAGAUCUGAUAGUUUGAAUAUGGAGGAAAAGUAGCUUUGUAUUUGGUUAAUAUUUGUUUCAAUAUAAAUUGUACUAAUUACAAGUUUAGCCUAUGAAAACUUUGAGGGUUGGUGGUGGGGAUCUGGUAGUGGGAUAUACUUGAUAAACAACUGCCUUCUAAAACAUUAAAUUUGACAACACUAACAAACAAAAAGGAACAAAAUUCAUGAAAGUGAAUUUUGAUUUGUGUAUCCUUGCAUCCUAAAUGCUAAACUUGGGUACACCUUUUGACACCUGCACUUUUGCUUUCAGCAACUGGAUUACAUGAAUACUCAAAUCUUUGUCUAAUAACACUUCCCAAUCUAACACCAUUUAAAUAAUUCACCACCAUUGUUUUUCCUACUAAAGUGGUUAACUUCACAUUUAUCAAUGUUACAUCCAUCUACCAAGCUUUUUGCCUACUUACUUAAUGCCUAAGUCACCUUGAAAGCUCUUUGCAUCCUUCACAAUUCACAUCCCACCCAAUUUAAUAUAGUUGUCAAACCUCAAAUUAUUAAUUUGUUCCCUCAUUCAAAUCAUUGAUAUAUUGUGAAGCCCUGUGCUAUAACUAAUUGCUAUUGCCAGUCAUCUUAUUCCUACUGUUUUGUCUGUCAGCCAAUUUUUGAUCUUGCCAUUAUCAUGCUCUUUAAUUUUACACUCUGACCUUUGAGUUUAUCAAAGGCUUUCUGGAAAAACCAUGUACACCACAUCCAUUAGCUUUCCAUUGCAGUUUUGAGGUGGUACCUGGUAUGUCUGUCAAAUGAUUUCCUUUGUAGAAAUCCAUGUAACCUUUGUCUAAUUCUGUUCACUUUUCAAGUAUCCAUUAUCGUAUCUUUCUAGUGUUUUACCUACUACUAAUGUUAAGCUCACUAAUCUUUCCUAUUUCAUCCUUUUUCAAAUUUCCAGAAUUAAGAACUCCAUUGUGUAACAGCAAAUUAUUCUGCUUCAUUUGACAAUUAUAAUUAAGGAAUAAAGAGUCAGUCACUGGAGGUACAGUGAUUUUUAGCUAUGUUAUUUAUGAAGAUUACAGCCAAAAUUAAGACUGUAGUCUAAUGUUCUGAAAUAUAGCUAAGGACAUUUAAAUUAGUGGAUGAAGUCUUUUAUUCUGAACUAUUAAAGAAUUAACAAGUUUGUAUUUCUAUUGUAUUAAUCAGACCAUUUAAUUAAAAGGAGUGAAAUCUU